AUGAAUCUAUCUGAAAAACUAAUGCAACCCUCAUCCGGAGAAUUAGUAGGAUUCUCUGGAGAAAGAGUGCCGAUCAAGGGCUAUAUAUGGCUAAGGACCACAAUGGGAAAUGACCCGUUGUCAAGGACCUUGGACAUACAAUACCUAAUAGUUGACUGCCCUAGUCCUUAUAACAUUAUUCUCGGAAGACCUGCUCUGAAUAUGUUCAGAGCAGUCAUAUCUACUUAUCAUCUAUGUGUUAAAUUUCAGGCACAGGGCGGCAAGAUAGUAACAAUACAUUCAGAUCGCCAACAAGCUCGGCAGUGCUAUAAUGCGAGCCUAAAAAGAUCGGACACAAGCCUGAAACAACGUGAAGUCCAUUCAAUACAUGGCACGGAAGUAUUAUCCUUGGCCGAGCUUGAUCCUCGAGGGGACACCCAAGAAAGACCUCAACCAGCAGACGAGCUCCAGAAGAUCCAACUGACCCAUAUGCAGGAACAGGUAACAUACAUCGGCCAAGCAUUACAAGGACAGCAAAGGUCGGAACUGAUAAAAUUAUUGCAAACAAACGCCGACUUGUUCGCCUGGACCCCAGCGGACAUGCCUGGUAUAAGUCCAGACGUAAUCUGCCAUAAAUUGGCCACCAACAGGACAAGCCGACCUAUAGCUCAGAAGAAGAGAAACCUUGGGGCGGAAAAGUCAAGGGCAGCCUUAGAAGAGACAGAGAAACUCCUCAAAGCCAACUUCAUCAAAGAAAUUCGAUUCACCACAUGGCUCUCAAACGUAGUCAUGGUAAGGAAAAAUUCAGGUAAGUGGCGCAUGUGCGUCGACUUUACAGAUUUGAACAAGGCAUGCCCUAAAGAUGCUUAUCCUUUACCAUGCAUCGAUAAACUCGUAGACAACACAUCAGGUUUCAAAAGCUUGAGCUUCAUGGAUGCAUACUCUGGCUACAACCAGAUCCUUAUGCAUCCAGAAGAUCGAAGCAAGACUGCAUUUAUAACUGAACAUGAUAAUUUCUGCUAUAGAGUUAUGCCAUUUGGCCUAAAGAAUGCAGGUGCAACUUACCAACGAUUGGUGGACAAGGUAUUCCGACAUCAAAUAGGUCGGAACAUCGAAAUUUACGUCGACGACAUGGUAGCCAAGACCACCCCAGAACGGCCACACUGUGACGACCUCAAAGAAAUAUUCGAACAGAUCCGAUCAUACAAUAUGAGGCUCAACCCGGAAAAAUGCGCCUUUGGAGUACAAGGAGGCAAAUUCCUCGGGUUUAUGCUAACCUCACGAGGAAUUGAAGCGAACCCUGAAAAGUGCAAAGCAAUACUCAACAUGGCAAGCCCUAAAACGAUGAAAGAGGUACAACAAUUAGCAAGAAGGGUAGCCGCACUUUCUCGAUUCCUACCAGCAGUAUCAAGCCGAUCUUACCUGUUUUUCCAGACGAUCUUAAAAGAUAAAAAAUUCCAAUGGACAGCAGAAUGCGAGAGGGCGUUUGACGAGCUUAAAAACAUCUUAUCAUCGCCACCCGUGCUACAGAGACCUAUAGUCAGUAAAUCCCUAUAUUUGUAUUUAUCCGUUUCCAAUCAUUCUAUAAGCUCGGCUCUGGUCAUUGAGACAGGAAAGACACAACAGCCAGUAUACUUCGUCAGCAGAGUCAUGCAACCGACAGAGCAAAGGCAAAUAUUAGCGAAGCCAGAACUGGCCGGACGCCUGACCAAAUGGUCGAUCGAGCUUUCGGAAUUCGACAUUCAGUUCCAACCUAGGUCGGCCCUGAAAGCACAGAUCCUCACUAAUUUCAUCACGGAACUGACAUCUGACGAACAUAACAAAACAUGGGAAUUACAUGUGGACGGAGCGUCAAACCGAGAAGGAAGUGGGGCCGGAAUAAUCCUAAAAGAAGGUGACGAGGUAAUAGCGGAACAAGCCCUCCAAUUCCAUUUCGCAGCAAGCAACAACCAGGCCGAGUAUGAGGCCCUCAUAGCAGGACUCAAGCUCGCACUAAGCCACCAAGUACAAAGCCUGACAGCACAUUGCGACUCCCUCCUGGUGGUUCAACAGAUCCGAGGUACCAUACCCAGUACGGAGCCCAACCAACAACAGUUCAGACGUAAAGCAAGCUUCUAUACAAAGAUAGCAGGAGAGCUAUACAGGCGCGGUUUUUCGCAACCAUUGCUAAAAUGCUUAAACAAGGAUGAAGCAAGAGAGGUAAUGGACGAAAUUCAUGAGGGUGUAUGCGAAAAUCACAUAGGAGGACGAGCUCUCGCUGCAAAAAUAGCCAGGACAGGAUACUACUGGCCGACCAUGAAGAGAGACUGCUUAGCAAAAGUCAAGGCAUGUGACAAAUGCCAGAAACACGAAGCCAUCUCCACAAAACCGGCCGAGGUAUUGCACAGUAUGGAGGCCGAAGCUGCUAACCGAGUUGUGUUACAGGCGAUCAAGAAAAAGCUCAAUAACGCGAAGGGAGAGUGGGCCGAGCUAAUACCGAAAAUAUUAUGGAGCUACAACACCACGGUACAAAACACCACGGGUGAGACACCCUUCAGACUAGUCUAUGGUUCGGAAGCAUUAAUCCCCGUAGAAAUCGGGAUUCCAACAAUAAGAGCCGAGCUAUAUGACGAACAACAUAACACAAGAGCCAGAAAAGCCGAGCUCGACCUAGCCGAGGAAGAUAGGAAAAUCGCUGCCAUCAAACAAAGAGCUCAGAAACAACUAGCAGAAAAGAAGCACAACAAAAAGGUUGUGCCGAGGACCUUCUCGGAAGGCGAUCUGGUUCUCAGACGAACAGAAGAAGCUAGACGACCUCAUUCACACGGCAAGCUAGCCACAAACUGGGAAGGCCCAUUCCGAAUAUCAAAAGUACUCGGAAUGGGGGCUUACCAACUUCAAACACUACAAGGCAAUACAAUGUCGGGGAACUGGAAUGUCUCCUCCCUGAAAAUGUACAGAUCAUAA